AGCCAUCACCUACAGUCAUACCCCAGCUGACCAAUGGCCGAAAUCUAGGUGACUACUGCGAUGUCUACCUCACGCACGACUCCAUGAGUGUGCGCAAGGCGCACAACGCCGGACGUAACCACCUGAGAAACGUCCUAGAAUACUACCAACAAAUCGGACAAGAAAAGGCCCAGUCGGUUAUUGAUUCCAUCACGUCGUCCUACGCCGCCGAAGGCCAGGCCGUCCCGAACCCGGCGAUGGCUCCCCCGGGAGCUUACCCUCCGCCAUUCGGCUUCCCUGGCCGUCCAGGGCAACUUCCCCCGCCUCCAUUCGGAAUGCCUCUCCCAGGUGGAGCAGGUGGCGCACCCGGCAUGCCUCCGCCCCCAGGAGCACGAGGCCUCCCCUUCCCUCCUCCCUUCCCCACAGCCGGCGGCGCCCCUCCCGCAGGUCUUCCUCCUCUCCCCAACAUGCCCCCCGGUGCUCAGGGCUUCCCUCCCCCGCCCGGCGGUUUCCCGAACUUCCAAGCACCCCCCGGCGGUUUCCCCCCGAUUCCUCCUCCGGGACAGGGCCCAGCAGGAUACAGCCCCAGUCCUACGCCGGGCGUAGGCGGCCCCCCGGGCCAGGACGGCUACGCGCCGCCUGGCAUGAGCUCAAGUCUUCCUGGACCUCCUCCGGGAUUGGGCGACAAGCGCUGAUCUCUGAUCUGAAAUUGCUCUUAUUUAUUUUUCAUGUUUCUAUACCGAUGGGGUCCUUUUUCUCUUUUCCUUUCUCUUCCUUUUUCUCUUUUCUCUCCUCGAUCAUGUAUGUGCCUAUUAGAUUUUUCUUUUCCCUUGUGAUUUUCUUACCAGCGUUCUAUGGGAAUUCGGUCAUGCGAUCCUUCCUGUUAUUGAAAGGAAGGAAAAGUUGGUAAAUCAGCAGAAAUGAACGACAGGAUUUGAUUGAUGGGUUCCUUCAUCAUACGUGCAUGCAUAUAUGGUCUGUUCUGGACUACGACAUUGACCUGAACUAAUUUCAAUAAUAGAUCGAAUCUACUUGAUGCUACGACAUAAAUUCAGAGUGAAUUUGAAAAGGCCAUGCGUUUCAGCAACGCAGGCUCAGAUAGC